UUAUUAGUUGGUCAGUUCGGUUCAAAAAUCGCCGGAGAGAGUGAGGUCUUAAGGCCAACAACGAUCGGAACCCUAGGAUUAACCUACCAUUUCCGGCUCUGCUCUCAGUGGCUGCAAAGUUUGUCUCUUUCUCUCUCGCCGUCGAAGGCUUCCUUUUUCCGUGUUUCAGGAAUUGCCCAGUUAAAUUUUGAAGUACAUGAGUGGCAGCAGACAAAGGACCCUUGGGGGAGGGGGUCAACAUGUGUUGGACUACUUGAAACGAAUGCAAGCUGAGAAUCCUGCAUUCUUUUAUGCAGUUCAAGGCGAUAAUGAGCACUCCAGUGGAAAUAUAUUCUGGGCAGAUGCAACAUCCAGGAUGAACUAUACGUACUUUGGAGAUGCUGUUACAUUUGACACAGCAUAUAGAGCAAACCGCUAUAGGGUACCAUUUGCCUCUUUUACAGGGUUGAAUCAUCAUGGGCAGCCAGUGUUGUUUGGCUGUGCCUUAAUUCUUAAUGAAUCUGAGUCCUCUUUUAUUUGGCUGUUCCAAACAUGGCUUCAUGCGAUGUCUGGACACCACCCUGUCUCUAUUACAAUGGAACCAGAUAGACUUAUACAAGUUGCUGUUGCACAAGUUCUUCCUGAAACCCGAUAUCGUAUCUGCAAAUGGUCCAUAUUUAGAGAAAGCCAGGAGAAACUGGCUCAUCUCUACCAAUCUCAUCCUACUUUUGAAACUGAAUUUAAGAGGUGUGUUAAUGACAGUGAGACAAAUGAUGAGUUUGAGUCAAACUGGAAAUCUCUUCUUGAGAGGUACUAUAUCAUGGAUAAUGAAUGGCUUCAAUCAAUGUACUCUGCCCGACAACAGUGGGUCCCAGUUUACAUGAGAGAUGCAUUUUUUGGAGAAUUAUCUGUGAGUGAGGGAAGUGGAGGUUUGAAUUUGUUCUUUGAUGGCUAUAUUAAUGCAUCCACAACCAUACAAAUGUUGGUUAAACAAUACGAGAAAGCUAUUGUGGGUUGGCAUGAAAAGGAAUUAAAAGCAGAUUAUGACACUACUAACACUACACCUGUUCUGAAGACGCCAUCUCCAAUGGAGAAACAAGCUGCAAGCCUUUAUACUAGAAGAAUAUUCAAGAAGUUCCAGGAGGAAUUGGUUGAGACUCUUGCUAACCCUGCAACCAAAGUAGAUGACUCAGGAACAGUUGCCACCUAUCGAGUGGCCAAAUUUGGGGAGGACCACAAAGCACAUGCAGUUAGUUUCAAUUCUUUUGAGAUGAAAGCUACUUGUAGCUGUCAGAUGUUUGAACAUUUGGGAAUAAUAUGUAGGCACAUAUUAGCCGUUUUUCGAGCCAAAAAUGUUCUUACACUUCCUUCUCAAUAUGUACUGAAACGGUGGACAAGAAAUGCCAGGACUGGAGCUGUUCUGGAUGAGCGUGCUUCUGAAUUGCCUAACAACUCUCGAGAGUCUCUAACUGUACGGUACAACAAUCUACGCCAGGAAGCAAUCAAAUAUGUGGAAGAAGGUGCUAAAUCCAUUCAUAUAUAUAAUGUGGCCAUGGAUGCUCUACAAGAGGCUGCUAAGAAGGUUGCUGCUGUAAAGAGUCAAGGUUCUGGAGCUACACAAGGUGGUAAUCUGUCCAAUGGUGGUAGCCAAGAGUUGCAUGCAACUGAAGAAAAUCAAAUGUCAGCGUAUCCAUCUGUAGAUGAAAAGGAAAAGAAAAUUCACGAGUUGACUGCAGAGUUGGAGAACACAAAUCAGCGCUGUGAAGUGUAUCGAGCCAAUUUACUUGCUGUUCUGAGAGAUAUGGAGGAUCAGAAGUUAAAGCUUUCAGUGAAGGUUCAAAAUGCAAGGCUUAGUUUGAAAGAGUGACUGCUAUUUGAGGAAAGAUCUUACCACUCUGUAUUUUCUUCUACUGACCACACAGGUUUAAUAAUUGGCAUUGUCCUUUCUCCAUUAGUCCUGUUGAGAGCUUCCAUGUUGAGAGGGAUAGAGAUGAGGGAAGGGGCAGUGAAGGUGCGGUUGGGGGAGGAGUUUUGUGCAUUAUUUAUAUCUGAAAUGUUUCUCAACUCCAAUGUACUUAAAAUUCUGUAAGUAAAAUGUUAGAUUAUGUUGUACUAAGAUCCUGCAGGAAGAGCCUUAUGUCAGUUGACAAAGGAAGAGCAGAAAACCCUUGUAUGUAAGGAGUUGUAAGAGAAAUUCCAUAUAGAGUAACUUGUGCAUAUUUUGAGACA